UUAUCCCCAUUCGUUUAUUUUACCUACAAGUGUACCUAAAUCCAGUUACAAUCAAGAUGACUGAAACCACCACCGAAGUUGCCGCCGCGGCCCCGCCUGCUGCCUCGCCAGCCAAGACCCCGAAGAAGACCAAAGCCGCCAAAGGAGACGCCAAGAAGCCAAAGAAACCAGCUACUCAUCCACCAGCGAACGAAAUGGUCUUGGCCGCUCUCAAGAAUCUGAAGGAACGUAAGGGAUCUUCUCUGCAGGCCGUCAAGAAGUACAUCGGGGCCAAUUACAAGUGCGACGUGGCCAAGUUGUCCAUUUUCAUCAGAAAGGCUCUGAAAGCUGGCGUCGAGAAGGGCACCUUCGUUCAGACCAAGGGAUCCGGUGCUUCAGGUUCGUUCAAGCUGAAGGAUAAUAAGGCUGCGGCUGAGAAGAAACCCAAGAAGGCUGUAGGUGAGAAAAAGAAGGCUGUCAAGAAGCCAGCUGCGAAGAAAGCCACUGGUGAAAAGAAGGCCAAGAAGCCUGCUGCCAAGAAACCAGUUGGUGAGAAGAAGGCCAAAGCAUCCGGUGCUAAGGCCGCCAAGAAAGCCGGAACAGUGAAGAAGGCUGCAGCUCCCAAGCAAAAGGCUACCAAACCAGCGAAGGCUGCUGCCAAGAAGCCCAAGACUCCCAAGCCGAAGAAGGCCGCUCCAGCUAAGAAAGCUGCUCCGAAAAAAGGUGCCGCCAAGAAGUAAGCUUGGGUUCAAUACCGUUAAAGUGUAAAGAGUAAAAUCAUUACAAAAACAGUCCUUUUCAGGACUACCAAUUUGACUUCACCAAAGAGUUAUAAGUUGAAAAUAAUUCCUAGUCCUAAAUAAUAACCCUUAAGGAUCUUUCUACUUCUAAAUUCUGAUUUCAGAUUUUCUUUCUAUUGCUAAGGCAACCUAUACUGUAUCAUGUGAUUGUCUGUUCGAAGGAUUAGUACUUCUUUGCUACAUCAGUAUGGAUAGCCUUACAGUGUCUUGCUUUCUUGAUUAUCCUAUAAUGCCUGUUUUAUAACAAGACAAAUUUUCACAUCAGUUUUUACUUUCAAAUUCAGUUCUAAUGAGAUAAAAUAUUAUUCAAGAUACCCAGUUAUGACUGACAGGUAUAUUACAAAAGAUUUGAAAUUGCUGAGAGGUGCAAUAUUUGAAAAUGAUUUGAAAAUUUCACGUUGAAACCGAACAACGGUUGUAAGUGGUUGUACGCAAAUUCCAUUAAAAACUAGAUAGCUCGUCUUUGGAUCUGUGGUAAAUCGGCUAUUGAAAUGUAUCCUACAACAAAACCAGGCUUUAAAUUGCUGAUCCAUUAUGUGUUUUAUAUUUUCGGCAAUUAAUACAAAAAUGGGUUCUGUUAUGUAUGUGGUGAUGCAAAAAAAAAACAUAUAUUUUUAAGAAUUCACAUAAGUGGUGGUCAUCCAGCUUCAGCCUUAACAG